AUGAAACCACUUGACAAACAGCAACAAAAGAGUCAUGAUCGGUCAACUGUUUGUUAUAUUUGUGAAAAAACAAUAGCCUCUGAUAAAGAGAAGUGCUAUGAUCAUUGCCAUUUUACAGCAACUGUUUUUGAAGGUAAAGUCACAUUAUUGCCAAUUAAUAAAGAGCGAUAUAUCUCAUUUACAAAAUCUAUUGACGAUAUAUCUGUGUCUUUACGUUUUAUAGAUUCAUUUAGAUUCAUGGCAUCAAGGUUAGAAAAAUUAGCAUCCUAUCUUGAUGAUGACAAUAAACAAAUCACAAAACUUCAUUACCCAGAUCCAGAAAAAUUCCAAUUAGUAACUCGCAAGGGUGUAUUCCCGUAUGAAUACAUUACAGACAUUGAUAAGCUUAAUAACAAACAAUUGCCCGAUCAAAACUCAUUUUUUUCAAAAUUAUCUAAUAAUGGUAUAACUGACGAUAAUUAUGCAUUUGCUCAACUUGUCUGGAAUAAAUUUAACAUCAGUACAUUAGGCGAGUACUCUGAUCUUUAUCUUAAGACUGAUGUACUACUCUUGGCCGAUGUAUUUGAAAAUUUCAGACAAAAUUGCUUAAAUAAUUAUAACUUAGACCCGCUGCACUAUUACACAGCGCCCGGAUUAGCUUUUGAUGCAAUGCUGAAGUACACUAAUGUGGAACUGGAACUGUUGAUUGACCCUGAACCGGUACUUUUCAUUGAGAAAGGUAUACGAGGUGGAGUGUCUCAGUGUACUAAUAGGUAUGCGAAGGCCAACAAUCGGUACAUGGGUAAUAAAUUUGAUGUUAACAAACCCGAGUCAUACUUGAUGUAUUUUGACGUCAAUAAUUUGUAUGGCGCGGCAAUGAGUAUGCCACUACCUAAAGGCUCAUUUGAGUGGGUAGAUGAACAUGAUUUAAAUAAUGUAAAUAACUUUGUAAAUGCCAAUGACAAUGUAGGAUAUAUUUUAGAAGUAGACUUGCACUAUCCUCAGGAGCUACAUGAGCUACACAAAGAUUUACCAUUGUGCCCUGAGCACUUUUUACCACCGGGUAGCAAGUCUACUAAAUUAUGUUUAGGAAUGCAAUUGAAAAAAAUUCAUCGCGUACUUAAAUUUGAACAAUCCCCAUUGCUAAAGACAUACAUCGACAAGAAUACAGACUGUAGGAAGGCUGCCCAAAAUGAGUUUAAGAAGAAUUUCUUCAAACUCAUGAAUAACGCAGUCUUCGGUAAGACUAUGGAAAAUGUUAGGAAACACAAAGAUGUUUAA